UCUUCUGGUGAAGAACCCAAGAAAUCAGAAAUGGAGGAGGAGGAUUCUUCGGUCGCAGCAAAAUCGGUCGUAAAAGUAGAAGUAGGUCUGGGGCCAUUGUGCCGUUGUUUUUGUUUGUUCGGGCCUCGGGCUGCCCCGAUUAUGACCAAAAGUAAAAAUAAAAAUAAAAAUUCAGUUAUAAAAGUUGCGGCAGUUUGUGGGUCGCUUCGUGGAGCUUCAUACAACCGCUGCCUCAUUCGUUCUGCAAUUGAGAUAAGCAAGGCGUCCAUCGACGGCUUGGAGAUAGAGUACGUGGACAUCUCAGCGCUGCCGUUUCUGAACGUGGAUCUGGAGGGUAAGGAUGGGAGUUUUCCACCUGCCGUGGAAGCAUUUCGUCGGAAGAUUUUAGAAGCUGAUAGCAUCCUCUUUGCUUCUCCCGAGUACAAUUACUCCAUCUCUGCACCUCUAAAGAAUGCCAUUGACUGGGCAUCAAGACCACCAAAUGCUUGGGCUGAUAAGGCUGCCGCAGUUGUAAGUGCCUCAGGGGACUUUGGUGGCGGCCGAUCCCAAUAUCAUCUUCGCCAAGUAGGAGUGUCUCUCGACCUUCAUUUCAUCAACAAGCCCGAGUUUUUCUUGGAUGGACUCAAGUCUCCUGAAAAGUUCGACAGUGGCAACUUGGUGGAUGAACAGGACAAAGAGAGGCUGAAGGAAAUUCUUUUGGCCUUGCAGGCAUUCACUUUGAGGCUUCAAACAAAGUGAUGAGAGGCGCUCCUUCGUGUUUCGAACCGCCAACUUCUAGGCCACAACAAUGGAGGUUGCAGGUUUCAAGCAAGAAGCAGUCUCUUUAAUUUAUUUAUUUUUGAUGAAAAGCAGUGUCUCUUAUUUCAAAGGUGCUGAAGGUGUUGUAUUGGGAGAGUUUGAGGGUUUUUAUUUUGGUCGACAAGAGAUUUAUUUGUUUCUGCCUUUGGACUGCCUCUGCACUAUAAGAUUUGCAAACCUUAGCAAAGUUAUCGAUUGUUGUGCUUGUGGAGUGUAAUAAUAAAAUUAUGUUCUUGAUAGGAA